AUGGAUCACACUCGCGACCCGUGCCCGUGGGUUAUUCUCAAUGACUUUGGAGGCGCUUUUUCCAUGGGUGCAGUCGGUGGUGCUAUCUGGCACGGUGUAAAGGGUUUCCGGAAUUCACCAACCGGCGAACGCCGCAUCGGUGCCCUCACUGCAAUUAAGGCCCGCGCCCCCGUGCUCGGCGGCAACUUUGGUGUUUGGGGAGGACUGUUCUCGACAUUUGAUUGUGCCGUCAAGGGCGUGCGGCAGAAGGAGGACCCUUACAACGCCAUCAUUGCGGGAUUCUUCACAGGAGGCGCACUGGCAGUGAGAGGCGGUGUCAAGGCGGCGAGGAACUCGGCCAUUGGGUGUGCUUGCUUGCUGGCGGUGAUUGAGGGUGUUGGUAUCGGAUUGAACAGAGUCAUGGCUGGAAACAACCAGCCGCAGAACCCGCCGUUGCCGUCAGAUAGCUCGAAGGUUGCGCUGCCCGCAUAG